AGCGGGUUCCGUCGCUGUCCCACACUGAUGACGUCGGCACCUGUGGCUUGAGUCGAUGAAAAGUUUUGCAGUUGACAUGUCUGAAGACGAAGCUGCGGGAUGGAAACGCUGUUUUGCGGCUCGCUGCGUGUGUUACUGUGGAGGAAGUGUCGUGAAUACUCGGAGAGACUGAGGAGAGUCCGUCUGCUUCCGUUCAGCUGCCCGCAGGUGUUCCUCAUCAACAGCUGUGCUGGUUUGCCCAUGGAGAAGCCAUCAUCUUCAGGCAAAGCAGCGCUGGAGGAGAGAACAGGCCUGGUGGAGGACGGUGAAGUGCUGAGAGGUGCUGAGGGUGGAGAUGUGGAUCCUCAGACCCCAAGGAAGAGCAGCUCCUCCCGAUCCUCCCGCAAGAGCUUCCGUCUGGACUAUCGGCUGGAGGAGGACGUGACAAAGUCCUGUCAAGACAAACAUGGCCGCUGGAUGAACCCCUGGUCCACAUGGCGGUUCCCUUCCUACUCGAUGCUGCUCAGGUUCUUGUUGUUAGAUAAAAAUCACAGCAAUGUACCAACUAAUAAAGAGGCUCUGGACAGCGAGCUCCCGGUGAUGGAGCCGUACUUUGUCCAGAACCCAGACCUCUCCGACUCCGGUCCAGGUCUGAGAGUCACCUGGCUGGGUCACGCCACGGUUCUGGUGGAAAUGGACGGACUGAACAUCCUGACAGACCCCAUCUUCAGCCAGAGGGCCUCGCCUUUCCAGUUCAUGGGGCCCAAAAGGUACCGAGGGCCUCCCUGCACUGUAGAACAGCUGCCCAGGAUCGAUGCUGUUGUCAUCAGUCACUCUCAUUACGACCACCUGGAUGCUGGAUCUGUGGCCAGCCUCAACGCUCGCUUCGGGGGGGAGCUACGCUGGUUCGUGCCCCUGGGUCUGAUGGACUGGCUGAUGAAAAUGGGCUGUGAGAACGUGAUGGAGCUGGACUGGUGGGAGGAGAACUGCGUCCCGGGUCAUGACGAUGUGACGUUUGUCUGCACGCCGUCUCAGCACUGGAGCAAACGCACAGCUCUGGACGAUAACAAGACCUUAUGGGGCAGCUGGUCUGUCUUGGGUCCGGAGCAUCGAUUCUUCUUUGCUGGUGACACUGGUUACUGCCCCUCCUUCCAGGAGAUUGGUCGACGCUUCGGACCAUUUGACCUCGCGGCAAUCCCCAUUGGAGCGUACCUGCCCAGGGAUGUGAUGAAGGGGCAGCACAUAGAUCCAGAGGAGGCUGUUCAGAUUCACCAGGACCUGCAGGCAAAACACUCUGUGGCCAUUCACUGGGGAACAUUCGCACUCGCCUAUGAGUACUACAUGGAGCCGCCGGCUCUUCUCAGAGACGCACUGGAGCAGAAAGGACUGCAUCCAAAAUCCUUCUUUACGUUGCAUCAUGGGGAGUCUCGGCUUAUUACGUCACAAGAAGGCGACGUCUUCGAGUGAUCCUCCUGUUUCUGGACUGCAUUACUGUAGAUCUGUAAUAAAGAGCAGAAACAUUUUGUAGAUAGUUUUAGUGAUUAAAGAAUGAAAUGCAAAAGUAUGCAGCUCGUCUAUAUUUACAUACUGAAUGUUUACAGGGUCAUCGGUGAACAAUAACGUUCUCAAUUAUUAAGAUUAGUUGAGUCAGUGUCACAUGUACAUUGAAAACAUUUAUUCAGAUUUUUCGUUUCAUAUGCAGCAGUUUAGAAAAUGAAUUGUUUCCUUUCGGCAACUAAGUUUCCAAAUCCAAUGUGGGAUAAGUGUAGAGAAAAAAAUUUUAAAAAAUACUUCUGUGCUGGUUUUUUCUCCUCGGGGCUACAAGAUUUUUUUCAGUCAGCACACAGACCACAAAACUAAAUAACACCAACAUGCAAAUUACCACUUUGAAAAACUACAAAGCUGCAGAAACACUUGUGUUUUUCCCUCAGCAGUUCCAGUUCACCACAUAGAGGGAGAAGAUGUAAUGUUUACCCUGACACCUCAUGGUCAUUGGAGAACAAUGCUACCUUAACAAGCUGAGAAUCUAAUGACAAAGUAGAAGAAACUCUUCAUACUGCAAAGAUUAGCUGAGUCUCAGAAGCUCCUGUUUUUUUUCUGUCAUUUCAAAGUCGUAGCAGUUACAAGUCAGAACAUUUUCUGCAGCUUGAUUGUAUCUCAAAGCGGUAACUUGCAUUUUGACAUUGACACUGUGCGCCCGCUGCUUAUAAAAACCUUCCAGCCCUGAGGAGAAAAUAUUUCUGGUGGAUAAAAUGUUCCAGAACAGAGGAGCAACAACCACUGAGAAGAAAUGUCUGCUGCUUCUACACUGGUUUGUGGAAACCUAGUCAUCAACUGACCAAAAUAUGACCAUAAGUCUUUUUCUGAAUUUUCUGCACACCAACAAAAAACAUUUGAAUAAAAUAAGUUAAAAUGAAGCUCACAUAGAUUUACUAUGGUAACCAAUGCUCUUUAAUGAACAUGUGAAUGUAGUUACAGUGUGUGCACAGGAAACAGUGCAUGGUUGAAUGACAAACCUCGUCUCUGAAGCUGAACAGGAGCCUGUAGACACGUGAUGCAGUUUCAUGUUCACACACAGCUGGACACGUGAGCUGGAAUGUCAAAGAAAAAACAGACAGAUAUUUAGCGUUUUUAAAGAGCAGUGUUAGCUGAGGCUAGAUGACAAUACUGUGUUUCUCUUCAGAUUGUAUUACAGUCAAGAAAAGUAACUAACUACAGCUGAAGUGUCAGUGUGCACAAGUUGAGCUGGGUUCAACUUCAUGCACUGCAGCUACUGUAUAUUGUUCCUGUGACGGAUAUUUACUUUGAAUGCUCUGAAACCACAGCACAAAGACCAACCUCCUCAUCUAUCAUUGAUGUUUGUGUCUCAGACAGAAACCAUAGAAUAAUGUAGUACUGUGGUGAUUUUAUCUUAAAAUCCAGAAUAUAAGAAGAGGUAACAGCACAAUUCUGAGGUAAUUUAAUAACCUAGAUAAAACUGUAUUGUCAGUCUGGGCUGAAUGUGGUUUACAUUGAUUCUGUGUUGCUGAAUUUAACAUUGAAUAAACUUUGCACACCUGCAAA